AUGGCCGCGCUGAAAAAAAACAUCGCCAUAUUACUGAGACAGGAUUGGCGCUCCUUUUCCAUUCCAACAGUCCUACUAAAUUUUGGGUUGACCCUUUUAGCAUUGCGGCUUACAUCAUCAACCGUUUGCCCUCACCACUCCUCGAAUGAAAAUGAUUAUAAUACAGGUCCACAGUUGUCCCACUCCGAUACCCCAGAGAUUACACCAGAAUUACCUAUGGUUGAUCAGAAUGUUGUUGGUCCAGUAGCUUCUCAUCCUAUGCUCACUCGAGCUAAAGCGGGCAUCUAUAAACCACGUCACCCGGCAUAUAUGGGCCUUGUGCAUUCAUAUGGGCUUCUUUCUGUUCUUUUGACAUCUACUGAGCCCAAAGGAUUUAAAUUUGCGGCUGAAAAUCCGGCUUGGCUUGCUGCUAUGGAUGAAGAAGUUCAAGCUCUAAAAAACAAUUGUACCUGGAUUCUGGUUUCUCGACCGACCAAUACUGAUAUUGUGGGAUCUAAAUGGGUGUUUCGGACGAAAUAUUUCGCAGAUGGAUCUCUCGAACGCCUCAAAGCUCGUCUUGUUGCCAACGGCUACACACAGGUACCCGAAAUUGAUUACACGGACACAUUCAGUCCUGUCAUCAAGGCUACUACGGUACGUGUUGUACUCUCUCUUGUUGUAUCCCACAGAUGUCCUAUUCGACAACUUGAUCUCAAAAAUGCAUUUUUGAAUGGUCAUCUCACUGAACAUGUUUACAUGGAGCAACCUCCAGGCUAUAUAGAUCCUCGCUUUCCCAAUCAUGUUUGUCAAUUAAAGAAAGCCAUUUACGGUCUAAAGCAAGCACCACGUGCAUGGUUUCAGCUCCUCGGUUCCUUUCUGAUUCAAUUGGGUUUUUAUUGCAGCCGUGCCGACACGUCCCUGGAUAUUCUCACACGUGCGCAACUACUUGACAGCAAACCUGUUCCCACUCCAAUGGUUGUCUCUCAACACCUCUCAUUUGACGGUCCUUAUUUUUCAGAUCCUACACUUUAUAGAUCUCUUGUUGGUGCCCUCCAAUAUUUGACUAUCACACGUCCGGAUAUUGCUCAUGCCGUCAACUCGAUGCAGAUUGGGCAGGAUGCCCGGAUACUCGUCGUUCUACUUCUAGUUACUCUAUUUAUCUUGGCGGUAAUUUGGUCUCGUGGAGUGCCAAAAAACAGCCCACAGUUUCUCGCUCUAGUUGUGAAUCUGAAUAUCGCUCUUUAG